AUGAGUUAUACAGAGUCAUGGAUUGAGUUGGAGAAGAACCUCGGUGGUCGCAUGGUGUUGCACGGAACCCCCGAGGAAAUCAGAGGACAAUAUGAGCAACUAGUACAGCUACUGCUGCCUCAACUGCCGCAGCCGUCGGACGCGGUGGAAAGCAAGGACGGCGAGGUCGACGGCAUCAAGUACCGACUGUACACGCCCAAGGAAGCCUCGAAGCAAGGACCCUUGCCCGUGGGAAUCUGGACGCACGGCGGCGGCUGGAUGACUGGCGACCUCAACUCGGACGACCUUCUGUGCCGAGUUGUGGCUGAACACGUCCCUUCCAUCAUUGUCAGUGUGGACUACCGCCUUGCGCCGGAACAUAAAGUCCCCACGCAACUUCAGGACACACUGAAGGUGUAUAGAUGGGCCCAUCAAAACGCAGCUUCUAUCGGUGGAGAUCCCAACAAAUUCUACACCAUCGGCGGCUCGGCCGGCGGUGCACUCGCAUUGCAGGUAGCCAACGCUCUUGUCAAAGACCCCUCGAAGCGCAAUAACAUCAAGGGUGUUGCCGCCGUGGUCCCCUGCACGCUUCACUGGGACAAUGUGCCCGAGGAGUACCGGUCCAUUUACAAGGCGUAUGAGGAGAACAAGGAGAACGUACCGAUCAUCGACAAGGGGUCUAUGGAGGCUUUUUAUCACCAUGCCGGCGUGGAUCCCAAGGACAGCAAUAUCUUUACCGCCCUGGCUACCGACAACCACAAGAACUUCCCGCCUACUUACUUUGUGAGCUGUGAGAAGGACCCGCUGCGAGAUGAUGCCUAUGUCAUGGAGGCCGCGCUCAAGAAGGCUGGUGUGCCAACCAAGCAUGACCAUUAUAAGGGUUUGCCGCAUUAUUUCUGGAUUUUCCCAUCUGUGCCAGAAAGCCAGGAGUAUAUUCAGAACCUGAUCGGGGGUGUCAAAUGGUUGGUCUCGCAGAUGUGA